CUUUAACCUCUCCACCGGGACUCACUUAAAAGACAAAAUGGCAACCUCCACACAAAACAUCGUGAGAGCUGCUUAUCGCAUCUUUCCCGUUGUUUUUCAACGAACUCGCCAAGCCCAGAAAAUAAGGAUACCGUUUAUUGCUCCUGCCGUACGACACUUUUUCUGUUCUGCUAAUUUGAAAUCUGAUGGAAUCGAUGGCCCUGAACUUGAAUCCAUAGAGGCGCUGUCGCGUUACAUAGACAGACCAUGGGAGUACUUGGAAAGCGAAGAGUAUGCCGAGCGGUAUGGAUUAAAAGCUGUGUGGGCUGACUACAGACGGAACCACAAAGGUGGAAUACCUCCUCAGAAGACAAGGAAGACUUGUAUCAGGAAAAAUAAAAGAUGUGGGAACCCUUGUCCAAUCUGCCGUGAUACAAACAUCAUCAUCCAUUACCAGAAUGUGAACCUGUUGCAGCAGUUUGUAAGUCCUUACACAGGACUUGUAUAUGAUUCUACUAGGACUGGAGUGUGCAGGAAACAGCAGAAACUACUUAACAAGGCAGUUGAAACUGCAAGAGCUCAUGGCUUGCUUCCCUCCCAGUUACCUUUUGUGGACUACUCUGGAGCGGACUAUUCAAAUUCCCAUGGAGCAGUCGGCCGUACACCUCCCCCAGCUACUUACACCGUGGGUGAACCUUGGUAUUCGUGGUAUGGCAACAUAGAACCAAAUGAACAAGAACUGGCUAGAGUGAAGAAGAUCUAUAAAGCUUACCUAAAGUAGAGCUAGUUGUAUAGUGGGCAGGUUUCCCAAGCCCACAUUAAACUUAAGUCAUGGCUUGAUUUACUCUACAUAUGGCCAUUUUUCAUCAGUGAUGGUUAAGUAUUGGAAAAACCCAGUCUUAUCAGUAAUAAUGUUUAAGAUGGGGCAACUAAAGUCAAACACUUUAAAAAUCUUGAAGACUAUGGUUCAUGUGAAUACUUCCACAAUAAAGUCAAUGAAACAUUA